AUGAGCACUCUCUCCUCCUCCCCCUCCACCCUCUACUCCUCCCUCCAGUCAGACCUGUUCCAGGAUGACCUGUAUCCAGACACGGCGGGUUCAGACCCAGCUCUGGAGCCAGAGGAGUGGCUGGAGGGGCGAGACGAGGACCCCACCCUCCAGUCCUUGAGAGAUGGCUACGUUCCCCCUAAGAGCCGCGAGCUCAAAGUGGCCAAGAAGAACGUUCUGGACUCCAGACCCACCACCAGACGCAGCAUGUCCUCCUGCGACGGCUCAGCCAACCUGCCUCCUCAGUUGGUAGAGCGGUUGUUGGAAGAAGUUCAGAAUCUCAAGGCAACAGUUCUGUCUCAGGAGAAGAGAAUCUGUGACCUUGAGAAUAAACUCUCCAAGUACACCAACGGCACAGCCUAAUACACACACAUCCUUCACACACACACACACACACACACACACACACACACACACACACACACACACACACACACACACACACACACACACCACGACAACACUCUGUAACAGCCCACACACACAAUUCCACUAUCCACAUACACCGCCACACCCCUACACAAUAGCCUUACUGCCUUACAUACACAGCCAGGCCAACAUUCAAUCAAAGCUGUUAGCAAUAAGCACAUUGCACUUGACUUUUAAAGGCAAUUUACGAUUGAGCUGAAAUCCGCGGGUGUAUACCAUGAAUGUGAUCUCCGUGAACAACUGUGAAAUUGUCUUUUAAAAGGUGCAUUGUCGUUUGUGUAGUUCACAGCUCUGCAACCUGCCUAAAUUCCACGCUAGCAACCCCAAUAACCCCUAACUUCAAACACAUAUAACCCCCACCCCCCGUACACACACACACACACUCACUCACAUGCACUCACAGACACCCCCCCCCCCCCCAACCAAUAAUGCUCAGUACCUAGAGAGAGUGUCAGUUAAAAAAUGAUGUUGUGAGUCGGGUUGUGAGAGACAUUUUGUGAAAGUUACUGGAAUUUUGAAAACCUAGUUGAGAGUACAAACAGUAUCAUAGGCUACUACACACACGCACUGUCCCCAUCCCUCCAUCCAUCACCGACCAACACUCAGUAAUAACCAUCUCUGGAUCUCAGUCAACCUUCUCAAAAUGUAAAUAGUGCGAUAAAGCAAAAAAGGUAGGGGGGGGGAGAAGUUUUUAAAAAUAACCACAUUUGUGAAAAAAAAUCUAAUCUAAGAAGACUUUAGUGUGUUCUGUAGAUGAUUAUACAUGAGACACGUGAUGACAUCAAUUAAAACAAUCUGUUUUUUUUAACUGGUUGGACUAAACUUUUCCUUUUCUUGUGUCAUGGAGAUGCUUUAAUUUUUUAUGUAAUGUUUUCUCUGUGUUUUACAAAUGUUCCAUCCUGAGAAUAAAUCACUCUUUUUCCUGUG